AUGGCUUCGCUUUCCAAUGCCGGUGAGGCAGUUGCGAGAAUCGCCUACUUGUCAAGCGAUCUGGUCUUGUCUGUGCAGCCCUCUUUGCAGACAGACUCGCUGUUCUCGAAAACAUUGAAGGCCCUGAAGAGCAAAAAGACUGCCAGUAUUCUCUCCAAUCAAAUACCAGUGGUCCAAGCUGUGCGUCACAAUGAGGACCCUUUACUAUCUGCCUUCCAUCCUCUUCGCCAGCGGGAGUCUGUCUCCAUAGUUGCUAGCUCCUCCAUUCUCAUCACAGCUGUGCCCCAUCUUUACCGAUUGGCGAACUUUCCCGUUGUUAUUCACAUCGCACUCGAUUCGUCACCGUAUCCCGACUACUCCGUCAUCAGUUCUAUUCGUCAAUGCGGGUUCACUUUCCUGCACUCAGAGACCCUUCAAGAGGCCCAGGAUAUUGCCUUAACUGCACAUGCUUUGGCUCGCAAGUCCGGCAAGGGUGUCAUUCACUUCUUCGAUCCUGCCAACUCGAUCAAAGACUCGCCCAUUGCAGUUGAGAACAUUGACCUCGUAAAGAAGACCCUGAACUUGAGUGGAGCCAGUGCGACUCAUUCUUCAACCGAGGCCGAAACCCUGUACACCGAGUCUGGCCGUGUUGCCACCGUAUCCGCCGACAGUGUGGGAAUUGCUCCUGCUGGUCAGGGCGAGGCGCCCGCUGGAUUGACUGUCUCUUCUCAAUCCCAAACCCCUCUGGCUGCCAGUGUUGACAACUCAUCCGUCGGUUCCUCUCGUCGUCAGAGCAGCGCGGGUAGCGAGGCUCCCAGCUCUGUUGCGACUACCGUGGACUAUUCCAGCGUUCGUCCAGUGAACGCCGCCGAUGUCUUCGAAUGGACGCGCCAGAUUUGGGCCACCAUCUCCAGGGAGACGGGUCGGACGUACAAUACCAUCGAGUAUACUGGUCCUGCCGAUGCGAAGUCUGCCGUCUUCAUUUUCGGUUCGACCGGUGUCUUCGCGGAUGCCCUCUCUCGGGUGGAGACUGGCAGCGAGCUUCACAACCUUGGUUUGAUCACUGCUCGUCUUUACCGACCCUGGGUUGGCAGCCAGAUUGUCAACUCUAUUCCCAGCUCUGUUGACAAGAUCGCCGUGUUGGAACAAGUGCGGAAAACCACCAAGUGGGGACCGUCAUUCAUGGACCUUCUCUCCAGCGUGACUCCUUCUUCCGUCCGAGGGGAGGCUCUGAAGAUUGUUGGUUAUCGUCUGGGGUAUGUUGAGCCUUCAACAGCUCUGCAAGCGCUUCGUGGUAUUGUUCAAAAUCUUCAGGCUGCUUCUCCUAUCCAAAAUCUUGAAGUUGGUAGCGCCCAGGCUCCCUCUGUCCAGGAGAGUCUGGAACAGCCUCAGAUCGAAAAUGCGUACCUGAAGAUUUUGAACCAGCUCUUUGGUGAUCGCCUGUACAUCGCCAAUCAGCUGGGUGCCAAGAAUGCCGGCAUUUCUUCGACCAUCGCCGCAAGCCCUGAAUACGGCUUUGGCUCUCUCCUUGCCCGCAAAGAACAUCGCAAGCGCUUCAUUCGCGAAGUGGAGGAGGCCUCCAAGUCUACGACCUUUGCCACCGAUGUUCCCAAGUCUUGGUUGUCUCGCUGGGCUCUGAGUGUCAACGAUGCCGCCAAGGCGAACAAACUCGCCCCCGAGGUUAUCGCUCGCCUGGCAAAUGAUGGCUCCAAGUUGUCGCGGCAGCUUUUGGGCUCCAAGAAGCUCUUCUUCGAAGAGUCUCAGUGGCUCAUCGGCUCUGAUGCAUGGGCCUACGACCUGGGUAACUCUGGCGUUCACCACGUACUUGCAUCUGGCGCCAAUGUCAACAUGUUGAUCAUUGACUCCCAGCCUUAUUCCGAGCGUACUGCUUCCGAUCCCACGCGCCGGAAGAAGGAUAUUGGCCUCUACGCUAUGAAUCUUGGCAACGCUUAUGUCGCAUCUACUGCUGUGUACAGCUCCUACACUCAAGUCCUGCAAGCCAUGGCUGAGGCCGAGCAAUUUGACGGUCCGUCAGUCGUCGUCGCGUACCUUCCUUAUCACCAGGAAAAUGACUCCGCUCUCACUGUCUUACAGGAGACUAAGAAGGCAGUUGAUCUCGGUUACUGGCCUCUGUAUCGGUGGAACCCGGCCAAUGAGGCUAAGGGUGAACCCAAGUUUGCUCUUGACUCCGAGCGCAUCAAGCGUGAGCUUGAAGAGUUCCUUCGUCGGGACAACCAGCUCACUCAGCUCAUGAACCGUCAGCCCAAAUACGCCCCUGUGUUAUCUGAAUCGUACGGCACCGAGGUCCGUGCUCUGCAGAAGCGCACGGCCAAGGACUCGUACGAAAAGCUUUUGGAUGGUCUUUUCGGGGCGCCUCUCACUAUUCUUUACGCUUCGGAUGGUGGCAAUGCGCAGAAUCUCGCCAAGCGCUUGGGCAACCGCGGCCGCGCUCGUGGUCUCAAGACCAUGGUGAUUGCCAUGGACGAGUAUCCGGUCGAGGACUUGUCCACUGAGGAGAAUGUCGUUUUUAUCUCUUCCACUGCCGGCCAGGGUGAGUUCCCUGUUAACGGGCGCGGUCUCUGGGAGCACGUGAAGAACAUUGGUGAUCUUGAUUUGUCUUCGAUCAAGUACUCAACGUUCGGACUUGGUGAUAGCCAUUACUGGCCGCGUAAGGAGGACAAGAUCUACUAUAACAAGCCUGCCAAGGACCUGGACGCCCGUGUCGCAUUCUUGGGAGGUCAGAAACUCACCGACAUCGGCCUCGGUGACGACCAGGAUCCUGAUGGGUACCAGACUGGAUACUCUGAGUGGGAACCCCGCUUGUGGAAGGCUCUUGGUGUCGACAAUGUGGAGGGCUUGCCCGAGGAACCUGCGCCCAUCACCAACGAGGACAUUAAGAUUCAGUCCAACUUCCUCCGUGGUACUAUUCUUGAAGGUCUUCGGGAUGAGUCAACUGGCGCCAUCUCUGCCAGUGACCAGCAAUUGACCAAGUUCCACGGCACUUACAUGCAAGAUGACCGUGAUCUUCGCGAUGAGCGCAAGGCCCAGGGACUCGAGCCCGCGUACAGCUUCAUGAUCCGUUGUCGACUGCCCGGAGGUGUUGCUACACCAAAACAGUGGCUGCAGAUGGAUGCCAUCAGCAGCUCUCACGGCAAUGAGACUCUGAAACUCACUACUCGUCAGACCUUCCAGUUCCACGGCGUCAUCAAGCGCAAGCUUCGUGGAGCCAUGCAGGAAAUCAACAAGGCUCUGAUGGAUACCCUUGCAGCUUGCGGUGAUGUCAACCGUAACGUCAUGUGCAGUUCUCUCCCUGAAUUAUCCACCUUCCAUCGUGAGACAUAUGUCUUUUCCAAGAAGAUCAGUGAGCACCUGCUUCCUUCAACGACGGCCUAUCACGAGAUUUGGCUGAAGGACGAGAACGACAAGAAGGUUCAGGUGGCCGGUGAUGCCAUUGUUGACCAUGAGCCUCUCUACGGUCCUACCUAUCUGCCCCGGAAGUUCAAGAUUACGAUUGCCAUUCCUCCUCACAAUGACACCGAUGUUUACGCUCACGACAUCGGUCUGAUCGCGAUCAAGGGUGCUGACGGCCACCUAGAAGGGUUCAACGUGCUGGCCGGUGGUGGCAUGGGAACCACCCACAACAACAAGAAGACCUACCCUCAAACUGGCCGCAUGCUCGGAUUCUUCCCCGCCGAGAACAUCCACAUCGCUUGUGAGAAGAUAAUGCUUGUGCAGCGUGACAACGGUGACCGCAAGAACCGCAAGCAUGCUCGUCUGAAGUACACCAUUGAUGACAUGGGUCUGGAUGUAUUCCGCAGCAAGGUGGAGGACCUGCUUCCGGAUGGUCAGCGAUUUGCUGAGCCUCGACCCUUCAAGUUUGAAUCGAACGUUGACACGUUUGGCUGGAUCAAGGAUGAGACCGGUUUGAAUCACUUCACCUUCUUCAUCGAGAACGGCCGUAUCGAGGACACUGCCGAAUUUUCCAUGCGCACUGGUCUUCGCGAGCUUGCCUCUCUUAACAAGGGUGAAUUCCGCCUGACCGGUAACCAGCACUUGAUCCUUUCCCGGGUUACGGACGAGGAUCUGCCCGCUGUCAAAGAGGUCAUGGCCAAGUACAAGCUGGACAACACCGCAUUCUCGGGGCUCCGCCUUUCGUCCUCUGCAUGUGUUGCCUUCCCCACUUGCGGCCUCGCCAUGGCCGAGUCUGAACGUUACUUGCCCGUCCUCAUCUCCAAGUUGGAGUCUAGUCUUGAGGAGAACGGUCUUGCUCGUGACAGCAUUGUGAUGCGUAUGACCGGUUGUCCCAACGGAUGUGCCCGUCCUUGGUUGGCCGAGGUUGCGUUUGUUGGUAAGGCGUACGGUGCCUACAACAUGUACCUCGGCGGUGGCUAUCACGGCCAGCGUCUGAACAAGCUUUAUCGCUCUUCCAUUAAAGAAGACGAGAUCCUUGAGAUCAUGAAGGGCCUGCUCAAGCGCUACGCUCAGGAGCGAAAUACCGAUGGGGAGACGCCAGAACGCUUUGGUGAUUUCUGUAUUCGCGCCGGCAUCAUCAAGGCUACUACAGAUGGCCAGAACUUCCACGAGGGUGUUGCGGAAGAAGACGAUGAGGAGUAA